GUGAGCAGGGAAGAAGUGGAACAGAGUAAAUUAGCCAUUGCUCUGACAUCUAGUGGCUGAAUAAGGUCGGGGGAAACAUACAGUAAAUUAACUCUGAGGAAUGUGUUGUUGGAAAGUCCGACAUGAUGCAGAGGGGGAUAAAACAGAGUGAGGUGGGGUGAGGGGGAGGAUAGGAGACAAACCAGAGUCUGUGUAAUCUGGCCCUCCUACUCCUCCUCGCCAUCCCCCCCAUCCUGUUUACCUGCUUGUAAGUUUUGAAAGGAGCUCUGUGUGUCUGCAUGUGUGUGUGCGUGUGUGUGUGUUAAUGUAGGGGGUAGGGAGAGCAGAAGAGGGGACUGCUGUCAUUACACCUCUCGCUCAGAGACGGCGAACAGAAAAAAAGGGGUGAACAAGCUCAGAGACCACAGGAUCAGUCGCUGCGUUCACGUACAGUCAUGACUUGCAAACUCUUGGUCGCUUUUUCCAUCUGGCUUUUGCUGGCAACAUGUGAAGCUGGAAGGCAGAUGCCAAAACUCUCUGAGAAGAAACUCUGCACUGAUACUGACUGCAGCCAUCCCAUCUUGAUAGCUCGUGCAGUGCAGGACUACUAUCCUGGAGACUGCAGGUUCAUCCCCAUCAGACAGGGCCAGCUGGUGUAUGUAUAUGCAAUGCUAAAAGACAGAGGGAACCUCUUCUGGGCUGGCAGUGUUCAAGACUCUUAUUACGGACAACAGGAGGCUCGCAUUGGCCACUUCCCCAGCAGCGUUGUGGAGGAGACGCAUCCUCUCAUGCCAGCCAGCACUGAAGUCAGAACUACUAAAUGGGACUUCUACUGUAACUGAUGAUGGAUGGAGAGGUCAACCUUCAAAUACAGAAUGGCUUUGUCACAUGAUCUUACACACAGGGUUGAUGAUACAGUUGAUGUACAGUAUAGGUCCACAGCGGAUUAUCUGUAGGGAAACAUGGGCAGCAGCUUAAUUUAAAAAUAAAUAAUUGCAGAACGCAUUUUUAUGUUAACUCUAGUUACCAUUAGCUUCAUUCAGUUAUCAGUGCUGAAUUAUGAACCAUUUCUGUUAAAUGCUUUGUAUUCCUCCUCCUUAUUGAAUUCAUAGAAAAUACUCACAGCCUGCAUUCUUUGUAAUACUCCCUCAUACUGUUUAUGUCUGUUUUGCAAAUAUUAAAUGUGUUUUAA